AAAAGUUACACAAGCAGGGAUGAGGUUUUACAACAAAACUGUUUCACAACUGUACACCCGGCUUCACACUGACGUUCCCCACCCACCUCCACCGGGCACACCGGUGGCUGCACAUCUCUCUUUGUUAGGACUAUCACCGAAAACACAUCACAAACAUACGUCCACAGACUCGUCCACGCUUUCUUUCUCUGGACAAAAACCGUGGAAGAAACACGUUUUUUUUUAGUCAGUGAGGUAUUGGAAUUGGAAAUAGCCUGGUCUGAUUGUCUCGUCUUUUUUCUGGCUGGACAACAAGACGCGCACGUUGAUACCACUCACAUUGGGGACAAUCGUUGCAUUUUAAGUCUUCAUUCAACAAACCUUUGAGCUAUGGAGUUGAGUUCAGUGAUCCUAACCACCGGGGUCUCGGUCGGGUUUUUUAGGCUGGUCAAUGCUGGUGUCAGUAAACUGCCCAUGCCUGAGUCUGCCUGCAGGAAUGCAUGGAAAUGGAGAAACAUCUCUACAUCCUUCGUGCACAGCUUUAUCACUGCGAUAUGGGCGGUGUUAUGCUUUUUCCGCCACCCACAGAUGGCCGAAGAUUUGAUAGAAACUCACUCUGUGUUUUCUCACGCCUUGGUGUCGUUAUCGAUCGGCUACUUCAUCUGUGACUUCCUUGACAUGGUGUUGAACCAGAAGCUGAAUCAGUCCUGGGAGAUUCUCUUUCACCACAUUGUGGUGAUCACCUGUUUCGGCUUCUCCGUGCUCACCUGCCGCUACGUGGGCUUCUCCGUGGUGGCCCUGAUGGUGGAGAUAAACUCUGUGUUCCUCCACCUCAGGCAAAUGCUGCGUAUGGCCGGCAACGCCACGAGCACGCUUUACCGCGUCAACAGCAUCAUCAACCUGGGCACAUACGUGGUGUUCCGCAUCAACACGCUGGCCUGGAUGACCCGCUGGCUGGUGCUCAACAGGGACAACGUGCCGCUCAUGGCCUACACUCUGGGCAGCGUCGGCAUGGCCGUCAUGACGGUCAUGAAUAUCGUGCUGUUCUGUCGGCUACUCAGGAGCGACUUUUUGAAGAGCAGCACCCGGGAGAACAAGAAGGAGAAGAAUAUGUAGAGAAGAGGGGAAGGAUUAUGAUAAAUACACAGACUGUGUAUGUUAACGCCCUGUGGCUGAGAUUUGGCAGCUUGUGUGUAAUAUACCUAAAGCAGGACAUCUUUUUUAAUCUCUGAUACUGUAGGUACAUGCACACAAGUAGUACUUAAAUGUCCUGACAUCAAACACAGAUUAUACCGGUCAAUAUGUUAAAGAAACAUUUAGUUGUUGUUUUAAAUGUAGGCUUGUGUAUUUAUGUGUGGUUUAAUCAUCUCUAUGUGCCAGUAGUGGCUGACUAAUGGAGGGUUCUUUUAUGUAAUGCCUUGAAAAACAACAUCCAACGCCUUAUUUCCCACAGGGUGUUUAAGCUAAAUCUGUUCUAAAAUGUAGCUUAAGUGAAGACACACUGUUCAUUACACAAACCGGCCAACAAUCCUUUAUAUUUCCAUAGCAAAUAUCUUAACAAAAACAUUUUAUUUAUACAUUAUAUGAUACUGUUGUGGGUUUUUUCACAUCUCUCUCCGCAAAAGUCUUUUUUAAUCCAACACGUGUACUACCGAAAACUGCCUGCUACCUCAGAAAGCUUUUAACAAUGAUUUGGCUCAUUCUUACACAAGUUUGCUGUCAGUUUUCAGUUAUUUUUUAAAGCAGAAAAAAUUGUACAUACAAACGGUAUUUCUCUGCAAGCAUAUCAAGCAGGAUAGAAACAGUAAUAGGGUGAAUACUUUGAAGUAACAUGUAGGCCUACAUAAAACAGAUCAGGAUCGAUCACAAAAUGCAGUACAGCUUGUUAUAUUGUAACCAAACACUUAAGGUUGUGAAUGCUUUUGCCAAAUUGUAUUAAAAUAGGAAAAGUAAAUAAAAAAUCAUGAACCAAACAGCAACAAAUAAGUCGUGCACAAGAUAAAUCUUUAUUGUUUUUAGUGUUACAGCAGCAUAAUAAAAGACAAAGAAGUUAGCACGAAAGAUUAGCAGGAUUUAAAUGUAUAUUAUAUAUAUAUUUCCAUUAUAACCCUCAUUCUUAAAAUAUAAUCUGCUGUAUUUUUCACUCCUUGAAACCUGUGAAAUGGAAACAGUACACGCUGAAUGACCAUAAGAAUUGCUCCAAGAUACUGACACAAAUGUUUUGAAUGUUUUUAAUAUAUGGUGUUCGUGGUGAAGUGAGUUUGCCGUAGGAGUUUUCAGACAGGCGGAGAUGUUUUUCUUCAUUUGGCCUUUAGGGGACAGCACACUCCUCCACAUCCCCUCUCAAGAACAUCAGAGGUGUCUUUAUUUUGUAACGUCUUUGUAGACGUGGGCCUCCUGCCUCUUUAUAUGCCUGAAGAAAUACAGAAAUCAAUCCUGGUCUUGAGAUCUGUGAUUACAGCAAACCUCACACACGGCUGCUCUAACCACUAUUCACAGCAUCCCAGUGCUCAUACGGCAUGAACAAAUCUGCAGCCAUUUAUGUUUUGCUUUGUGGUUUUCUGUGUGAAAUCAUUGUUUUGGGGGUAUUUUUGUAAUUUAUUUUUACUCAAAAUAAGUUAUUGAAUGUUUUUAUUAUAGUGAAACUGAUGAUUGCGUGAGUCGUGUUGUUUGUGAGGCACUGUGCCGAUGUGGGUCUUACAUUUACAUUAAUUAACGUCCAAUGGAGGAAGCUCAUAGUCAUUUUGAACCGAUCAUGUUCAAACACCUAAAUCCAGCCUGUCCAAUCACAUUGCAAACAUAAUGACCGAGAGGAUCAUGCUGAGAAACAUGUUGUAAAUAUAGCUCACAAAAUGACACAAACACAGCCUUUAAAUCUUUGUCAACGUUAAAAUUAAGACAUCAAUUCACUAAAGAAACAGCACUGAAUCGGAGGGAGGUGUUACAUUUUGAUUAGUGUUGUCGUGAUUGAUAUUAGGAUCAAAAGUAACUGCCUUGUGAAAUUAUAUUGUGAAUGUGGAUUUGCAAUUUCGUUUUUUAAAAUAAUUUUUCAAUGCUUCAGGCAGCUUUACUUUUUGUUUGUAGUUAAGACACCUGUUGACAUUUGAAGUUCCUUCUCACAACUGAGCUCAUAUUUGUGAAUGUUUUAAAGUUGUAUUGGAAUUGGAAUUAUACGCGAUGUUGUGCUUUUUAGGAAUUGUGAUGAAAUAUAACAAUGAAGUCUGAACUUUAAAUUAUGAUUGGCCCCAGGCCGCAGGAUUAUUAUAUAGUGUUAUAUUUGUGGGUAGUGAACACAAGAACAUUUUAGGAGAAAGUGGCAGUAGUUAUUAAGUUGUGUUGCCAUAUCCCCUCCUAUUUCUCAUUAUACACAGUUUAUGUUGACUGCAUUGAUCUCCCAGAAUCUGAUUCUUUAUCACACCCAACAAAUCAUACCAGUUUUAUGCCGUUGCUUGUUCAUUUAUAGGCUUCUCUUUUUAACUUUCUGGUGGUUGGUGAAAUAUUGUCUAUUGUUGAGUAUGAAAAAAGGAAAUUCAUAACAACAGUGAAGACUAUUGACACUGUGCCUCAUGUCUAAGACCUGAAACAUCAGAAUACUGAAACAGUCGAGACCCUGCAGGUUGUGAAAGCAAAAUCCUCGUCUUUACUCAGAGCAUUAAAGUGUCACGUUUCACUGAAUUAUGCCUUGAAUUGUAAAUAUAACAGCUUUUAUUUUUUCAUGUUUUGGCUGAUUGUUUUGUAAUUAAAGCUCCAAUUUAUAUGUUUAUAUAUUAACAUUUUUUGUUCAAUGUAAAAAUUAAAAAUACACACAA